AUGGUAUCUAGUCAACACCGUCUAAGUACGCAACCUGCAAUACGCGCGUACGAAGCGUUUUCUGCUCCUGGUUUUAGCUUUAAUUCAAAGCUAUUAAAUGAAGCUUUCGGUGGAACUGGGCUAAAACGAGGAUUUGUUUCUGAAAUAUGCGGUGCUCCUGGAAUGGGUAAAACAAGUCUUUCUUUAGUUCUCACAGCUAAUGCACUACUAUCAGGUACGAAAGUACUUUGGAUAGAGACGUGUCAUCCUAUUCCAUUGUCUCGUUUGCGAACUAUGCUGCAAAGUCAAGUCCCGUCUUCUCAGGAGGAAGAUAAUUUCAGCACGUUGGAUGAGUACUUACAACUCUUAGAUGUUUAUUAUGCUCCUUCUUUGGCAAACAUACUGGUAUAUUUGAAGACUUUCGACGAAGAUUCAAACCAAGAUGAUAUUGGUUUGAUCAUUAUCGAUAACUUGUCUAUGCCAAUUCAACUGGCUUUUCCUACUUGUCCAGAUGACUAUGCAUAUUUGAGGCAGCGUCGAAGUACCAACUCACGGAAGACCUCAAUGGAGUCCUUGGGUAAGGAAAACCUCGAUACCACGCUUGAGAAAGAAGUUACUUCCAAAGAGCUGAUUGAUCCGUUUUCCAAUUCCCAAACAAAUCUCAACAAACGAAAACGUGUUGUUGGAGAUAUCAGCUCUAUGCUAAGCAGAAUUUCAGCUGCAUACCAAAUAGCUAUACUUGUCACAACCCAAAUGACCUCAAAAGUAGUCUCCGGGAUGGGAGCAAAACUGAUUCCCUUUCUAAGCACCAACUGGCUUGAUAAGGUCUCUUCUCGCUUAGUUUUGUAUAGUCGACAUCCUAUGGAAAAUGACAACCUCGAUGGCGAAUUUGGAUCAACUAUCAAUUAUCAAUCACUACGUUAUGCUUACAUGGCAAAACAAUUGCCAGGUACCUCUGUUGAUUCUGAACUUCUAUUCUAUGUUACAGAGAAUGGAUUGAUGGAUUGUCGCAGCUUACCAAUAAACAAUUCACAACGAAGAAAACGUAGCUUAAUGGAGACAGACUUAUGA